ACGUGCAAUGCAGCAGCGGUUGCGUUUUACCUCAACGCCACGCUUCUCCUCCCGCGCUUCCUCUCCUUCUCCUCAGCCAGGUAUCGGAGCAGCAGUUCCCCCGGGAGGUGCCGUUGCAGCUCUUUCUGCGCCUGGUGCCGCUGAUGAGGCGCGUGGGGCUCCUCCACUUCCACGGCUUCCUCAACGCCCUCGCCUCCGACCCCAUGCCACUGCAUGUUCAGCGCCUGCGUUGUCGAUGCAUGUUUCACGCCCUCACCUUCCUGCCAGCCGUCCAUGCCACCGCCCAGCUGGCCAUCCAACGGCUGAGAUCAGCCGCUGGGGCGCUGCCACGUGUGCAAGAGCAGUGGAUGGACGGCGAGGAUGAAGCAGGGAAGCACGGUGCUGGGAAUGGGGAAAAUCGGGGCAAAAAAUAUGAAAGAGAAAGGAUGGAAGGCCAGGUUGAGAGCCAGGAGAAAAUUCAGGUGAAAGGUCAGGUGAAUGGCACAUCUGGUCAGGUGCACACGGACAUAGGCCAUUUGAGUUCUCAAGAGCCAGACCCCUCAGCAGGCAUCCCUCGCUACGUGGCCGCUCACAUCCCCUUCGAUGCCGGCCAAGAGCGGGACGAAGCAGAGGAGGAGGCGGAGCAGCUGAGGGACAUCCGGCAGCUGCUGUUCCCCGUGCUGCACGCAUUCGAGCAGCAGGGCCGCCUCAACGCCCCCGACUGGUACCGCCGCAUCGGCCGCUGCCCCGUGGCCCCUGAGGAGGCUGCUCUUGUGCUGGCGGGCAUGGGCGUGGGGAGAUUGCGCCCGGUGUUCCUCGUGGGGGUGUCCGCUGAGCCGUGCAGGCUUGUGCUUGGGGGUGAAGGGGUGCUGAGCGGUGGGGAUGGCGGGAUGCAGGGUGGGAGGGAGGAAGAGUGGCGGGAGGGGGGGCGACAAGGGGUUGCGUGGGAGGAGGAGCAGGAGCAGGAGGAACGGAUGAGGGGCCAGCAGGAGGAGCAGCUGAGGGGGCAGGGCAGGCGGUGGUUCAACGGAUGCCGGCGGUUGGAAGCAGUGCGAGCGCUCUUCCCCUCCAUCGCGUCCAUUGAUACCCUCCUCUCCCCACAAGAGAUCGCCCCCUUCUCGCACUCGCCUCUCCUGAUCACCGCCCUUGAAACCAUCGUGGCCGGCGAAUCAGAUCUCUUCCUUGCAGCGGACGGCAGCAGCCAGCUGGCAGCACUCGUGGCUGGGCGGCGAAUGUACAUCGGUGCCAGAUCAGACAAAGGAUCUGAUUGCAGGACCAGUGGCUGUACUCCUACCAACGAAUCUGGUUACCAGCAUGGUUACAGGCCGUCCGUGCGAAUCAACCGCGCCCAGCUGGCGGAGGAUCUGGGCGGCGGGAAAGUUUUGCGGGCGGGGGAAGAGUGGAUUGGGGAUGCAGAGGAGAGGGUGAUGGAGUGGGAGGAGGUGGAGGAGCGAACUUCGUGCGAAUGCGAAUGGUUCCAUUCCCCCCCUGCUUGCCUCCCCUCCCGCCAGAGCCUGUACGACAUGGGCAGCAAUCUGCUCACCCGCGUGCUGAGCGGCGGCGACAUGUCCGGCAUGCCUACAGCGUCUGGCGAGGUGUCGGACCUCGUCGGCCGCCCGCUCUUCUUCGCCCUCCACAACUGGUUCCUCGAGCUAGGAGGCGUGUACCGUCUUGCCUUCGGCCCCAAGGCCUUCGUGGUCAUCUCGGAUCCAAUCGUUGCGCGCCACGUGCUCAAAGAGAACCCCUUCGCCUACGAUAAGGGCAUGUUGGCGGAGCUGCUGGAGCCCAUCAUGGGCAAGGGGCUCAUCCCCGCUGACUUUGACACGUGGAAGCAGCGCAGACGAGCCAUUGUGCCCGGCUUCCAUGCAGCGUAUCUCGAGGCCAUGGCUCUGGUAUUCUCGGAGUGCUCCAAGCGCUCUGUCGACAAGCUGCAAGCCUUGUGCGACGAAGGCGGUGCCGGGGCUGAUGCUGAGGGCGUGCGGGUGGACAUGGAAUCGGAGUAUUCGUCCAUAGCGCUGGACAUCAUCGGCAUCUCCGUGUUCAACUAUGACUUUGGGUCCGUCACUCGCGAGUCGCCGGUGAUCAAGGCGGUGUACGGCACGCUGUCCGAGGCCGAGCACCGCGCUACUUUCUACAUCCCCUACUGGAACAUCCCCUUAAUAAGCCUGGUGGUGCCGCGGCAGAUGAAGUUCCAGCAGGACCUCAAGGUGGUCAACGACUGCCUGGACGACCUCAUCACGCGUGCGCGCUCCACUCGCCAGGAGGACGACCUAGAGGCGCUGCAGCAGAGGGACUACAGCAAGGUGCGGGACGCCAGCCUGCUGCGCUUCCUGGUGGACCUGAGGGGGGAGGACUGCGAUGACAAGCAGCUGAGGGACGACCUCAUGACCAUGCUCGUGGCCGGGCAUGAGACCACCGCUGCUGUUCUCACCUGGGCUACCUACAUGCUUGCUCAGAACCCACAUGUGCUUGCGAAGCUACAGGAGGAGGUGGACACAGUGCUGGGCGACCGACUGGCCACUCUGCAAGACAUCAAGUCCCUCGAGUACACCCGCCUAGUGGUGUCAGAGGCUCUCAGGCUCUACCCCCAACCGCCGCUGCUCAUUCGUCGCGCGCUGGCCAAUGACCAUCUGCCACCUGGGUACAACGGCAAUCCCGAGGGCUACAAUCUUCCCAAGGGCACCGACCUCUUUGUCUCUGUGUUCAACAUCAACCGCUCGCCGCACUACUGGGAGAAUCCGGAGGAGUUUCGGCCGGAGAGGUUUUUGGAGAGGAGGAGUGGCGAUGGCAUCCCCGGAUGGGAUGGGUACGACCCUGACAGGCUGGCAGGGGCGCUUUACCCCAACGAGGUGGCGUCUGAUUUCGCCUUCCUCCCAUUCGGCGGCGGCCCGCGCAAGUGUGUGGGGGACCAGUUCGCGCUGAUGGAGUCCACAGUGGCGCUCGCCAUGAUCCUCCGCCGCUUCAACGUGCGCCUUGACGGGCCGCCAGAGGAUACAGAGAUGGUCAUGGGGGCGACCAUGCACACCAAGUCUGGGCUCUGGUGCCGACUUACCCCCAGGGGAGACACGGCUGUGGCUGCUGAUGCCGCCACUGCUUCUGCAACUGCGAAUGCAUGA